AUGGCAGACCCUUCAAAUCGUUUAUCUUCAUGGAAAGGCCAAAACUGCUGCAGCUGGUAUGGAAUCAACUGUUCGGACUCGUUUCAUGUGACAGCCAUUGACCUUCGAAAUCCCAAACCAGACAACCUUAUUCUGGACAUGAAUUCCCAACUUGUUUCAACGUCUGAUGUCCCAUCUACUGCUCUUACUGGAUCCAUCCCCCCUUCUUUGUUCUCCCUUACUCAUCUCAGAUACCUUGACCUCAGUUUCAACAACUUCAGUUUCUCAAAGGUUCCUUUAGGAUUCUCAAAUCUCACCGGACUCACGUAUCUCAAUCUAUCGAAUGUUAUGUUCAAUGGUUCCAUUACAACCCAGUUUUCCAACCUUACUUUCCUGAUGGAACUUGAUCUUUCGUGUUCUUCAAGCAUUGACGACUACUCAUCAAUUUACACUACCUUGUCAUCUACCCCGACAAUUCAUGAAGCAUCUCGAUCAAACCUGUGGGCAAAAUCGGUAUCGACUCUUUCCAAGCUGAGGUUGCUUGAGCUGUCUAAUUGUAGGAUUUCUGGGGAGGUUCCAGUUGAACAACUUCUCAACCUCACUAAAUUAUCUGAAUUGUACAUGGACUACAACUUCUUGGCAUCGAAAAUCCCGAGUAAGUUGGCCAAUCUCACCUCUUUCUCAGUCCUAGACCUCACCAGAUCGUACCUACAAGAUCAUAUCCCUUACCUUCCUCAAGUAAAGACACUUCAUGUGGGAAACAACGUCGAUGUUAUGGUUGAUCUCCAUUCAAUGUUUUCCGUCCCCUGGCCUCGAUUAGAAUCAAUCGACAUAUCAUCUACUCAUGUCAUUGGAUCCAUCCCAUCCUCCAUCGCCAACAUCACCUCAUUAGUUGAUUUCAUAGCAUACAACAGUUUGAUUCAAGGACGGAUACCUGCCUCCAUGAUGAACCUUUCAAGGUUGGAAAUGUUGCGUCUAGAUAUGAACAACAUAAGUGGUGAGAUUUCACCAUCAAUAUCCAAUCUAAAAAGCCUGCAAGUUCUAUCUUUGCUUCAGAACUCUUUUCAUGGAUUGAUCCCGGACACAAUUUGUAGUAUCUCCUCUCUCUGGUGUCUAUUGUUAGCAGGCAACUCUUUCACCGGAAACAUUCCAAAUUGCAUAGGCCAGCUCAAUGAUCUCAGCCACCUUGAGGUUAGUUCCAACAAGAUGAAUGGAUCAAUCCCUUCAUUGUCAUCUUUUUUCAGAAACUCAACUCCAUAUCUGUUAGUUCUGGGAUUUAGUGGGCUAACUGUGAAAGUAGACCAACAACCAUUUCCACCAAGGUUUCAGCCACAAAUCUUGUCCCUUGAUUCAUGUAAUAUAGGAGGCAAAAUCCCAGAUUUUAUAUCAAACCUGACCAAACUAGUAUAUUUAAGUUUGUCCAAUAACAGCCUAUCAGGGACAAUUCCUUCUUGGCUGUUCAAUCUUCCCAAUUUAGGCUACUUAGAUCUCUCUGUCAACAGGCUCCAAGGUGUCAUCCCACCUAGUAUUAAGCUAAAGUCAUUUUUCAUGCAGACAACACUUAAAUUAAGAAACAAUCUGCUUCAAGGAUUGAUCCCUCAGCAGCUCGAGAAUAUUCGAGCUUUGGAUUUAUCAGCUAAUAAUUUCACAGGCAACGUUCCUGCAGAGGUUGGACUAGGCAACAUUAGGUACUUGGCACUCUCUGAUAAUAAACUUUCUGGUCGGAUCCCAUUCUCUUUAUGUCAAGAAAACUGUGAGCUUAUGCUGCUAGAUCUUUCCAACAACAACUUGUUCGGAACCAUUCCGACCAGCUUCGGGAAUUGCAGUCCUUUAGUAUAUCUAAACCUUGGCUCGAACAAUCUUACCGAUGGUAUUCCAGAGGAACUGCAAGGUGCCAAAAGAUUGAGAUUUUUAAAUGUUAGUGGCAAUCAUUUUGAUGGUCCAUUCCCUUCUGUUGUUCGUAGACUUGAGAGAAUAUCGGUUAUCGAUAUGGGAAACAACAAAUUCAGUGGAAAGAUCCCUGAAUUCAUUGGAGACCUCAAGGACCUCCGAAUUCUUUUGUUGGAAUUCAACUCCUUCAAUGGUUCAAUCCCGGAAGAGAUAAAUGCAUUAGAAAAUAUGCAAUUCAUUGGCUUAUCUAAUAAUCAACUGUCUGGUCCAAUCCCUGAAAAGCUAUCUGGUUUAAAGACAAUCAUAAACAGGCCAAAGGAUGGAAAUCUUCUUGGGUUUAUCAUCUCACAACUGUACAUUGGUGUUCAAGUGAACCUGGUCGCCAAGGGACUGUCAAUGCAAUUUGAUGUGGUUCGAACGUAUAAUAAUGGACUGGAUCUUUCAUGCAACAAUCUUACUGGAAAUCUUCCAUCGGAAUUAGGCCAUCUGCAAGGGCUUUAUGCACUCAAUCUCUCCCAUAAUCGUCUCUCUGGUAACAUCCCAACCGCCAUUGGAAACAUGAGUCUUUUGGAAUCUCUCGACCUCAGUUACAACAAUCUAAGCGGAGAGAUCCCCGUAUCAUUGGCUUUGUUGGAUCCACUCUCAACUUUAAACUUGGCACACAACAAUCUGAGUGGCGAAAUCCCGACGAGCCCACACUUUGAUACGUUGAGCAGAGAUGGGUUAGCAUACAUUGGCAACAAAUUCUUGUGUGGAGCUCCUGAUGGUAUCCACUGCGACAGCGAAGAUUUCCCAACGCCAGAAUCAUCUGAGUCUGAGCAUAGCGAAGAACAAUGUGGGGAGUGGAAAAUGGUGCUCGCACUGGCAUUUGCAGGCUAA